CAAAAAGCUCGGUGAGAAGGCCGAGAAGGAGGCGGCUACCAGCCGAGGGGGUAGCCGAUUCCCGGAGAGGGUGUUCUGUCUCCUGCAGUUAGCGGUACCAAACAGGUGAGGGUGGCGAUUGGAAACAAAGACAGAAGCAUCAUAAAGCAUGAUGCCCGCUGCUUCGGGGGAGCUUCCGUCGGAGUUGUGAGUGUCAGCGGGUUUCCCAUCGCCGGCUCUUCGGGGGAUUCUGCUGUCUGUCUCCGUCCCGACCCGCGACACCGCCAGGCGAUGACAGCGGCUACAGCCACUCCGCAGGUGAUGAGAGACCGGCUGCUACAGGCCAUCGACGGCCAGAGCAAUCAGAUAUGCAACAUGGUGGUCGUCGUGGAGGUGAUCUCCUUUUUGGAGAAAUAUCCUAUCACCAAAGAGGCACUGGAGGAAACCCGCCUGGGCAAGCUCAUCAACGACGUCCGGAAGAAAACCAAAAACGAGGACCUCGCAAAGAGAGCCAAGAAGCUUCUGCGGAACUGGCAGAAGCUAAUCGAACCAGGGAAGGUUGAGGUGUUGUCAAAAGGCGGCACCAGUGCGUCGUGGUCUUCCAUUGGCGGUGCUCAUCCUUGCAUCUCUGCUCCAGCCACCAACCCACCGUCGGGUAAAACGGGCCCAGAGUUGAAGAACAGAAAUGAUUUCAACAACUGCUCCCUGAGAGUGGAAAAACCGAGCAACAAAAAACGCAAGGGCGAGCAGAAGGAAGGACCGAUUUUACCAGCAAAGAUACCUAAAACAACUCUUAAUGAUAAAAUACAAAACUCAAAGCAGCUGCAAACCAAUGGAAUUGGUACCGGCACAGAAAUUUUUGCAGAUAUUCGUGCACAUCAGUCUUUGGACAGGGACAUUCCUGAGGCUUUGGACAACGACAAGCUAAAUAAAAUCCCUGUUCAUGCUGUAAAACCUCACUCAAAUUUCCCAGGAUGCAGCAAGCCUCCUAGCACUUCCUCUUUGCUAAAAGCAUCAGUUCUGCAGCAGCAAGCCAGACAGGAGCAAGCUGCCUCUGGGGGAAAGUGUCGACCCAGAAGCCCACGCUGUUCCUUGCACAGUCCUCAGACUCUAAAACAGGAAGCUGUUGUGAAACAAACUGCACCCCAAGCACAGAGUAUUCCUACCCCCAGCGUGAGACCUGGGACUGUAGAUAACUCUGGGCUCGGACUGUCUCCUCAGCCUUUCAGCGCAUCUGUUCAGGGUUUUCACACUGACGGUUCAGGGUCUGCUGAUUUGGACUCUCACCACCUGCCUCCUAGUAUGUCUCUCCACGGCUCCACUGUCACCCCCUGCAGUGGCGUGGAGAGUCUGGAAGAUGAGGGUCCUUCUUUUAAUACAGGGAAAAGAAAAAGACAGAAAUACAGACCUAAGGAUUGCUCUGUUAAUUUAGAAGGGCUGACUGUAGAAGACAGAACAAAACCAGUGAGGUUAAAAGACAGGAGGCUGACGUUCGAUCCUGUAACGGGGCAGAUCAAAACCUCCUUCCAGAAGGAUUCUUUCCCAGAGGGCGAGGACAGACCGAAUCACAAACCUGAGAAUAACUGGUCAGAACAGCCGAAGCAAAAUCCGCCAGUUCCUCCCAGUCCUUUCCAGCAGACGGACUGGAAAGAGCUGUCGAGGAGCGAAAUCAUCCAGUCGUACCUUAGCCAGCAAAGCAAUGUGCUGACGUCGUCGGGCGCGCACACCCCCGGUGCACACUUUUUCAUGUCAGAGUUCCUGAAGAAGGAGGAGCACCGGAGCAAAGAUGCUAAGAAAACACACACGCUGGUUUCAGACUCGCCACCUGGAGAGAUCCCUGGAGUCAGCAGAGAAGUGAAUGGCAAAGACCUGAGCAGGUUACACACACAGCACUGGUCCGGGGUAAAUGGUUGCUAUGACACAAUGGAUAAAUGGUACGACUGGACCGAGUGCAUCUCCUUGGACCCGCACGGAGAUGAGAGCAGGCUGAACAUACUGCCCUACGUCUGCCUGGAUUGAAACUGAAGUCAGGUCGGUAAAUGAGACGUCGAUCCUUGCCUUCCCUGCGCGGCAGAGCGGGCCGGGAUGCGUGAAGACUCUUCUUCACCGUGUAUGCUGCUGUUGGAGUAAAUACGCUGCCUGCUCGAGUGUUUGUUGGAGCACAGGAGGUGUAAUCAGUGUUUUAUUUUGAAAAAGUCUGAACAAAACGUGAGGACAGUGUGAAGGGGAAAGGCUAUGCAUCUUUGACUGUUUAGAUGUCAAUGUUUAACAAGUGUACAGAGUGAGUUUACAAAGCAGGGAGAUGAGCGGCUCUGAUACCCACGAGUUUAUAUACUGGAGAGGAGAUUAAAUAUACAGAUGCAUUUUAUCCAUCUUAAGUUAUCUUAUUCUAUCCACAUGCCUCACAGAAUGUGACUUUAUUGCAUUUCAUGCAGUCAUUCAUAGUUUUUUUUUUUUUUUAAUUGUUAUUAUGUAAUUUUUAUGCAUUAACCGACUAAAUCAGGGUUGCUGCUUUUGUCAGCAGGCAGUAGCACGAUACAUCAUUGGAACGUUUGUUCAUGCUUUUUGAACAAAGCGUUUGAGCUCUUAAAAUUAAAACUGCUGCUUCCCGCAGCUGCACGCCUGCCUCUCGUUGUAACUUCUAGCAGAUUGAACCGACGGAUCGGUUUUAAAACAUUUGAAUAUUUUUCUUGUUUGCUCUUUAAUGUGAUGUGAAACUUCCAGAUGUGACCACUGUUUGUGGUGAGAGGGGGAGAAGGCUUGCAUACAAGCUGAUAGAGAAAUUUGGCUGUAUGUAUAUUUAUUUACAUAUUGAGAUUUGCAUACAUGUUUAAACUGUAUUGAAUCAUCUUGUUAGUUUUUUUUGUUUUGUUUUGUUUUGUUUUGUUUUGCAAGCAACAACAGUGAGGCUGCUACGGUGUUGUGUGAUCUCGAAGACACCUACCGUCACAGGAACUAACACAAACGUGGCUUUGGCUGUUUUGGCGGGCGUUUAUCAAUCUGUAGGCAAAUGCUGUCAAAGCGGCAACGUCACAGUAGUGCAAGAUUUUACAGAUGUGUAGCUGACAUUAAAAUGAGGGGCCAGAUUCAUUGAUGGUUUGUGAUUUGACAACACUUUGGCAUCUCAUCUGUUCCAGUGUCAUAAUAGGGUUAGGAAUCAGUUCACUAAUUGACAUUCCAGACUUUACCUACUGAUCCAUCAACAUGCUGUACUUUACACACUCAAAUAACACAUCCUGAUACUGUGUACUUUUUAUUUUUUGGGCUUGCCUUUUCCCUUUACUGUGUAUUAAGGUUGUAAAAUAUGAAUCAGCACGGCAGAGCAGAUUGUGCUACCAGCUUGCAUCCUUGUACUGUCAGGAAGAAGUAAGAAAUAAAUUGACAUGCUGGAUAAUACUUAAUAGCAUUCCUUUAAAUAUUAUUUGCCUUAUGGAAACCCGUGUUUUCCCUAAAGACAGAGCCUUAGUGAAUGUACAGGUAUGAUCCUUUUGUGUUCAUUUGAAUGCAAAAGACAAUAUAUUUGCUACCUAGUCCUUUUCAAUGGACAUGUAAUGUGUUAAUAAAAAGAAAAUGAAGGAA